UAGGCGGGCCGGAAGAGCCAGGGCUUGGUGCGGCCAUGCCGGGGAUGGCUGGCGAGGGGCGAUGCGUGGUCUGCGGGCGAGAGGGGCGCCAGGUCGCAAAGUACCGAUGUCCGGGCUGCCGGCAGAGAUAUUGUUCCUUGCCUUGUUACAAGAAGCACAAAGAAGAGUGCGUGCCCAGAGGGGAUCCAGCCAAGCGGCCUGCAGAUUCAGAUCCUUCCUGCCCCAUUCAGAGAGAGAAAUCGCGGAGAGCUGAAGGCGGUCCUUGGUCUGUGGAUGACAUUUUGACAGAAGAUGAUGAAGACGAUAGGGUGCCUCUCCAGAAACUUCAGCUAUUGAAGGAAUCUGAAGAGCUCCGAGGCAUCCUUUCGAAUCCUCACCUCCGCACACUGCUGCUUACCAUUGACCAAUCCAUAGACAAGAGCGGCCUCAUGAGGAAAUACAUGCAGGAACCCGUCUUUGUGGAGUUUGCAGAUUGUUGCCUGAGGACUGUCGAGCCGGGGGUGAAGGAGAAGGAAAUCCCAGAGUGAAGGUCUAGGAGCCAAGUGGAGGCUUUUACCAGCCCUGGAAAGUGGCUGGCAAAUUUGGAAAUGCUUCGUCUUAUUGGCUGCUGACCGUGUGUUGGAAUCCCUUGGACAGAAUGAGCUAGAACAGUUGAUCCAGGCAUGGGGGUAGGUGGGGUGGGCCACUUUCACAAGCUGAUUUUUUUUUGGGGGGGGGGGAGCCGCCAAAUCUUUGCCAGUUUCAGAGUGGCAAUGCCUCUAGAACAGUGAUGGCGAACAUUUUUUUCCUUGGGUGCCGAAUGUGCACCGACACCCAAAAUGCAACCCCCCCCCUGCACUCCUUCCACACCCCAUUCAUGCAGGCACCCGUUUUGGUGCUAGCGGGCCUCCCUGAAGCCGCCUGGGACCAAAAACGGGGUGCAGGGGAAGGCGCCACAUUCCCCCCACCCCCUGUGCAUGCAUGCGUGACCCCUCCCGCCCACCCCACGCAUGCAUGCAUGAUCCACCCACCCCUGCUGGUGCAUCUCCCAACAGACCCGAAAACCAGCUGGUCGGCGGGUGGCACGCGCACAUGCGCAGUAGUGCUGAUCUGGGUGUCAGCUCACCUGCCCGCAGAGAUGGCGCAUGUACCACCUGUGCCACGUGCGCCAUUGUUUCGCCAUCACGGCUCUAGAAGACGGCUGGUUUUGAAAGGGAGAAAGCUGCUUUUAUCUUUUAAAUAAAUUCUUUAAUGAAGUCUGUCUAACCUA